CGCUAGGGUUUUACGGCGUCCUAUCCCUCCGUCCCGGAGCCGCCGCCUUCUUCGGUCUCUCCUUCCAACCGUCCCUAUUAUCGUCCACCUCAAGUCCGGCCGAGCCGUCUUUCAGCCCGCCUCCAGUCACAGACCCCUCACUAACCAGCGAUGGCCGGCGCCGUCGGCUUCCUCGCGGACGUGAACGACCACUGGCUUAAGCCACGUCUGCUCCGAGUGGUGGUUGGCGAGCGGAUGCCGCAGCCGGGGAGCACCGUUCCGCCGGAGGAGCUGGCCUUCAUCCUCGAGGCGGUGCGCACGCACGGCCUCCUCACCGAGGUCCUCCAGGACCCGUCGGACCAAAAGCUCGCCGAGGCGUGGCGCGCCACGGUCGACGCCUGGGUCGAGCGCGUCGGCGAGCUAGUGGAGAGCGGCUCAUCAUAUAGUUGUUGGUUGGGAACUUGUUUACUUGGCGUGACUUUCCAAGAGUGCAGCAGUGAGCGCUUUGCUGAAUCAUACUCUGAUUGGUUUGAGAAGAUUCUGAGGAACUUGCAGAAAGGACUACCUAGCUUGCAACUUGUUACUUUGGUCUCUUGUACUUCCAUGUCUGAUCUAUUUGCGAGAUUGGCGAAAUAUUUGAACUUAAAGAAAGAGGCAUCAUCCUUUGCUGGAAGAGUUGUUGAACCAUUGCUGCUGCUUUUAAAUGAAAAUGGUCCAGUGGCGGAUGAAGCGAUUGAUUUGCUAAGGACAGUUAUUAAAUUGUAUCCCUCAUCUGUAAAUCGACACUACAAUAAAGUUGAAUCCACCAUUGCAGCAAAGAUUAUGAGUACAGAAGUCAAUGUAAAAUUAUCAAAGAAAUUUGCGAGAGUCUUAGCAAUGCUACCUUCUGUCCGAGUAUCUGAGGGCACUUGGUCAUUGAUGAUUCAGAAAGUACUGAUUGGUAUAAACAAUCUUCUGAACGAUGCCUUUGUUGGGCUGGAAGAAGAAAAGAAAGGGCGUGAGAUUAUGAUGCUUCUAGUUCCACCUGGUAAUGAUCCUCCACCAGUGUUGGGAGAUCAAGUAAAGUUGGGAGGCAAUCUGCAUGUGACAAAGAAAUUUCGUGUCUUCACUGUUCCUACCAUUUCAGCCCUUGCCCAUUGCUGCUGCAUGAUGCUGACUAGUUAUUACCCGGUUCAGGUCACCGUUCCUGUCCGUGCUUUGAUAGCUCUGUCACGGAGAGUGCUCUUAGUUGAUGGAUCAUUGCGCAACAAGUCGUUUCCUUCAACUACUUCCUUGCACCAAGAGCUUAUUUGUUUUGAGCUUCCAUCAUUGCAUUCAUCUUUCUUGGAUUUGCUCCAUGCAACUAUUAAAGGAAUGCGAAGCCAACUUUUACCGCAUGCUGCUAAUAUUGUACGGCUUGUAACUGAUUACUGCAAAAUUGCGAAGUUACCUACUACGAGGACAAAAGUUUACAGCAUUGUUCAGCUGUUGCUGACCUCCAUGGGUGUUGGAAUGUCUCUCCAUUUGUUAGAGGUAAUAGUCAGCAAUGCAGUUGGUGAUCUGGAUGAUAAUUGUGUAAAAGAAAUGACUCUAUUCAGCACAAAUCCAUCAAAAGGGACUAGUGAAUCUUCGUCAAAAAGUUACUCCAAGAAGAGGAAGCAAGAACCACAAAUACAAAAUUCACAUGCCUCGGGUUUGGAGAAAGCAGCAAUCAGCCCAAAGAAAAUGAAAACCUCUUCCAUGCCAACUUCAUCGAAGGGAAUGACCCCUGAAACUCCAGGAGAUGUUAGAAUGUUCACACCACUCUGUGUUAAAAUAGCUGCACUAGAAACCUUGGAAAUUCUUCUGAAUGUGGGGGGGUUUAUUGAGGACAGAUCACUGGAGGGCAAAAGUGGACUUGCUCCUAAUUAACAUAGCUACAAGUGCUUGUGACUCAGGAGCAGGGUAUGAGCCAUCAACAACCAAAGUCGGGGAGACAAGCAUAUCAGACUUUCGACUUGCUUCAUAUAAGGCAUUGCUGGCAUCUUUUCUUUCAUCUCCUCAUGCCCGGCCACUUUAUUUAGCCCAAGGAACUGAACUCUUCAGAAAAGGGAAGCUAGAGAUAGGCACUACGCUCGCAGAGUUUUGUUCACAUGCUUUGCUGGCUUUGGAUGUUCUUACGCACCCUCGAGCCCUUUCUCUAGAAAAGGCAGGUCCUUUAGUCCCUGGACUCAACCGCAGUGAACCAGAAAAGGCAAUUUUUGGUGCUGGCACAUUUAACUUUUCACCAUCCGAAGGGCAGCGCCAGGUUAUUGCGGAUGAAGAUACUUAUGAUGAUUGGUUGCCAUCCAUCAAGGAUAAUGAACCGACAGAAAAGUCUACUCUUGUAAAAGAAGUUCCGCAAAUUGGUUCACAUACAAUUGCUGAGGCAGUAGAAGAUGUUCCUGCAUGCAACAGGAGUGAUGCCAUUAUGGUGGUUGCGACCACAGAAAAAACCUCCCAGCCAAUGACAGUGGAUAAUCCUUCUAGCUCCAAUGCUGUUUCAAAUCCAAUCUACUCAAGGCCACCUGAAACACAGAAAGCCACAGCUACCCCCUUUCGAGAGGAAAAGCGUGCUGAUCAUGUUGAUUCUCUUCUUCAGAAUAAAAGCUCAGCUGCGGUCAACCUACCAUUCCGCAAUCUGGCAACCUCAGGUGAUAAACCAUCUGACCCAGGUGUUGCUGCUCCGAGCAGCUAUAAAGAUGUCUCUUCAACCCGCUUCAUUCAGCCCAUCAAGGCAGACUUGUCUGAUACAGAGUCAGGAGACUCUAUGCCAGAGAUACAAGACGGCGACCUGGAUUCUGACUAUUGAGCUUCCUUCAAUCAAGGAUAAACAUAUACCCUUGCCUUUUUUCGUCCAUCUUUAUCAGCAUAUCCCUUGGGGUCAGAGCCAUUUUUGCUAUAUAUAUGGCUCUGUUUAUCUAAGAAUGACCAUCGGCUUAACGUUCGUGUAUUCUGUUGCUUUCUGUACCUAUGACACUUGCAUGGUUUGCCAGCGCCUUUGUGCCCAGUGCAAGGAAGAUGUGGCAGCUCUGUAGAAAAAUUAUACGAGGAUUAGUUAUUUCUUUUUUUGAGGACUUGAAGAAGAGGGACAAGUUGACAAACGUUAACCAUGAAUUCCAAGCCAAAAA